UCGGUUUUGGUCAAGCGGGGCUGCGGCCAUUGUUUAUUUAGACGAGUAUUUGGGCCGGUCCCCGUCCCCCUCCAGAGGCUCCGAGCCGAGGCCGCCGGGAUCCAGCUCCGCGAGAACCGUUUGUACGUCUGAACCCGGAGCUUCAUAUGUAAAACUCUGGCGGCCCUUGGAACCUGUGAUCAGCAAGGGAGGACCAGGGUGGCAAAGACUCAUGCCCCCAUUUUACAGCUCAGCCUUCUCAACACUCCACCCUUCCCCCAAAAAGGAGCACGAAGGAGGAAGGAAUGUUCACUGUUUCCCUCACAGUCUGAUCCCAGAUUUCUUCUUCCGGGAAAGCCUGAUCUUCGACCAGAUGGCAGUAACAUUUGAAGAUGUGACUGUUAAUUUUACUUGGGAGGAGUGGAAAUUCUUGGAUUCUUCUCAAAAAAAGCUCUACAGAGAGGUCAUGUGGGAGAACUACACAAAUGUCAUGUCAGUAGGAAACUGGAAAGAGAGCUACAGACCCCAAGAAGAAAGAUUCAGAUAUUUUGAACAUGAACAUCUUUCCUGCUGGCAAGGCUGGAGGAAUGCCAGCACUCAGACAUAUGAUAAUCAAAACUAUGUGGAAAUGGUUCAAGGUAUAGAUUCCAAAGACCUAAAGCAGCAACACCUUUCUCACCGUCAAGAAUGGUUAAUACUCUCCACACAAGUACCAGGGUUUGGGAACUAUGAACUGACUUUUGAAGGCAAAAUUCCCAGGAACUUAAAAUAUACAAAGUUUAUACCUUGUCAAUCCUUAGAAACAAAACACACUGAAGAUGAUGGUAGAGAAAUCUAUGUGAGUGAUUCACGUGGUUUUCAAGGAUGCGGAUACCAUGUUGGCAUAUCCACGAAAAAUCUCUCUGUGGAAAAAGAACAGAAGCUCAUAGGUCAGCAUCCUUAUAUCCCAGGAGAGGAAGCCCUUCCAGAGUACAUUGGGGAGAUAUGCCAAAAUGACCUGCUGAAAGGCUCUGUGGAAGAGAAAUACUGUGGAUGUAAUAAAUGUAAAGAAAUUUAUUAUUGGAACUCACAGUGUGUUCACAAGAGAAAUCAACUUGGAGAAAAGUUCUAUCCAUGCUCCAUCAGCACAGCAUGCUUCACUCAGAGAUCAGACGUAUACAGACAUCCAAGAAUCCACAUAGGUAAGAAGCUGUACAGAUGUGAUGAAGUUGCCAGUAACUUUAGUCAGAGCUUCGGUGUUCACUUUCAUCAGAGAGUCCACCCAGGGGAGGUACCUUAUAUAUGUAAUGUGUGUAGUAAGAGCUUCAGUCAGAUCUCCAGUCUUCACUGUCAUCAAAGAGUCCACACAGAAGAGAAACUCUAUAGACUGCAGUGUGAUAAGGACCUCAGUAGAAAUUCAUUACUUCACAUUCACCAGAGACUUCACAUAGGAGAGAAGCCUUUUAAGUGUGAUCAGUGUGGUAAGAGUUUUAGUCGGAGUUCAGUACUUCAUGUUCAUCAGAGAGUCCACACAGGAGAAAAACCAUAUAAGUGUGAUGAGUGUGGUAAGGGCUUCAGUCAGAGUUCAAAUCUUCGAAUUCAUCAGUUAGUCCACACGGGAGAAAAGUCCUAUAAAUGUGAUGACUGUGGUAAGGGCUUUACCCAGCGCUCAAAUCUUCAAAUCCAUCAGAGGGUGCAUACAGGAGAGAAGCCUUACAAAUGUGAUGACUGUGGGAAGGACUUUAGUCACAGCUCAGAUCUUCGCAUUCAUCAGAGGGUCCAUACAGGGGAGAAGCCCUAUACUUGUCAUGAAUGUGGGAAGGGCUUCAGCAAGAGUUCCAAACUUCACACUCACCAAAGAGUACAUACUGGAGAGAAACCCUAUAAAUGUGAACAGUGUGGGAAGGGCUUCAGUCAGCGUUCACAUCUUCUCAUUCAUCAGAGAGUCCAUACAGGAGAAAAACCCUAUAAGUGUGAUGAUUGUGGAAAGGGCUUUAGUCACAGCUCAAAUCUUCACAUUCAUCAGAGGGUCCACACAGGAGAGAAGCCUUAUCAAUGUGCUAAGUGUGGUAAGGGUUUCAGCCAUAGCUCAGCUCUUCGAAUUCAUCAAAGAGUCCACAUGGGAGAAAAAAUUCAUAAAUGCCAUGAGUAUUAUAAGGGGUUCGAUCAGAAUUCACAUCUUCAUAGUAAUCGCAGAAGAAAAACCUUAUAAUUCUGUUCAUUUAGUUAUAACAGCUUUAAUCAAAGCUUCACCUUAAGCCCAGUAAAUGCUGCUGGGAAGAAAAUUCUAUAAAUAACGCAAAUAAUCCCAAGCAACAUUUAUAGUUUCUCCUAAUUCCUACUAAGAAUCAUUUGCUUCAAGAG